UAUGAAUCAAAAUAAGAAUGUAAUGCUGUGCUUCAGAAACUAUAAAAAGCCAGAUAAAAUAAUGCCAAAAUUUGCCAAGAACAAUCAUAAAACAAAUGGAGUGGUUUGUGUUAGAAGAUAUUUUUUAGAUAGUUUUGCAUUCCAAAAUUCAUGAAUGAAGAAAUUUAAAUUAAUCCUUUAGCUUCGAAUUAUUUAAGACUGGAAUUGCUAGAGAACAGACUAAUAAAAUGAGUUAGUUAAUUAUUUCUCAAAAAU